ACCGCACGAUCGAUGCACACGAGUCCAAGACAUGAGACACACGCCAAAUACGGCGGAAGAUUUAUGGUCACAUCACUGCCCGGCGAUGGCAUCGGACCUGAAAUGAUAAAAAACGUUAAAAAAGUCUUCAAAGCUGGUGGUAUACCGGUGGACUUCGAGGAAGUGAGUCUGGAUUCACACCACGAAGACCACGAGAAUAUGUUCGAAGCGAUCACUUCGAUCAAACGCAACGGUGCGGCCCUUAAGGGCAAUAUCGAGACCCGCGAGCACUCGAAGCACUUCCUGAGCCGUAAUGUUGAGCUCCGACUGCGGCUCAACCUCUACGCCAAUGUCAUUCACUGCCAGUCGAUGCCCGGCGUCCACACCCGGCAUAAGGACAUCGAUAUCUAUCUGAUCCGACAGAACACGGAGGGGGAGUACAGCUGUUUAGAGCACGAGUCGGUCGACGGUGUGGUGGAGUCGCUGAAGAUCGUGACGCGA